AAUUUCUCCAACGCUCCCCAUCUCGCACUUCGAGGCUUUCUUUCUCCCCGACCUCUUCUACCUUAUUCCCGUCAUGCCCAGCAGCUCCAGAUGAUCUGAGCUAGUGUAGAUAGGUGUUUGCGUCAUCAUCGAGCGCCGGCGCAACUUAGUUCUGUCCCAGCAAGGUCACUUGGUCGCUGAGGGAGGGUCUUGGUGUCUCCGUGGGUCACUGUGGUCCCGUUUGUUUUAGGCUUCGAAAUCAGAGAUGACGGGGUACACGCCUGACGAGAAGCUGCGGCUGGACCAGCUGCGCGCCUUAAGAAGGCAGUGGCUGAAGGACCAGGAGCUGAGCCCUCGAGAACCUGUUCUGCCCCCAGAGAAGGCAUUUUCGGGCUUCUGGCAUAGGUUCCUGCAGAAGGAUUCAGCCUGGAGGAGAUUUGCUUAUAAGGCAUAUGGAAGUGGAAUGUUUGUUUUUGUUAAUUUUCUUAUACCAGCCUGGAUUGUUCAUUAUUAUGUCAAAUACCAUGUAGAAACAAGGCCAUAUGGCAUCGUUGAAACAAAACGCAAAAUAUUUCCAGGUGAUACAAUUCUGGAGACAGGAGAAGUGAUUCCACCAAUGAAAGAGCAUGACACACAUAAUCAUCAUUAAAAAAGUUCUUAAAAACUCCUAAAGCUUGUGAGUCCAUCUUUUGUUUCUGUACCAGUUUAUCUACUGAAAACAUUUUCUGUUGAAGUAACUUAAUAAAGAUUGCUCCUUAAAAA